AUGGAUUCGAUUAACGACACAAAAACUUUGGAAACAGAAUUGAAAAAGUUUGAGGAACUCAUCAAAACUGUUUGCUCUGAAGAAUCAAAUCUCCGGAAUAUAAACAAAGGUGUAAAGGAAGCGCUCGACUCCAAAACACUGUCUUCACAAUUGGAGAAAUCUUUAUCCAAAUCUAUGGAAGAAUUGAAUUUUAAAUGGGAUUCCGUUAACAAUAAAAUCAAAAGUAGAAUAGAAUUGAUUAACAAAUCGUUGCAAACAAUUAAUCUGAUGGAAGAGGAGAUAAUAAGUUUAGACAAAUGGAUGGAUGAGGUGGACGUGUUUCUCAAUGAGGACAUCGCGAUCGGAGACUUAGAGACUUUGGAGCAGCAGUUGGAACAGUGCAACAAACUUCAAAAAGACAUCAAAAUGACAAUUCAGUCCUCUAUUGAUAACAUCAACAAAAACGCGGUCGAAAUCACGAAGAAUUUCAAUUUGCGAAAUGUGUCCAAAUUUAACGAAAUCAACGAUAAGUGGGAAAAGUUGAAGAACGCGACCGCAGAUAAGAAUAAUAAAUUGAAAAUUGUUUUGCAAAACAGUAACGCUAUUCACGAGAUGUUAACAGAAUCUGAAGAUUAUGUUAUAAAAGCUAACGAAGAGAUUCAAAGCGCUAUCGCUGUCACUGGGAAUGACUUUUACGCGACUUUAAGUAAACUUAAAUAUAUUUUGACUGAAAUUUCUGAUAAGAAGCGCGAAAUUAAGAUAAUUAAAGAGAAAUUGGAUGAAAUUAAUUUGAAUCAAUUGACCACCGGUUCACUCGAAGACCUCAGACAACGAUAUAUUGCUAUUCAUAAUAGUUUAGACAAAUAUGAGAAAGAAAUUAAUGCAACCAUAAGUGACGUUAAGAAAUUGCAAUCAAUGGCCGGAGAGAUAAAGCGCUUAAUUAUGAAUGAAAAUGAUUGGUUGGAUAAGUUGGCCAAGAAGUUGAAACGUUCGCCUCAAUUGGCCGCAGACGCCGAGGAGAUAUCCGAAUGUCUUGAUGAUUUGGAAAAUUAUAUGAGAAAUAAACCGAACGAUCGAAUGGAAAGAAUUUUGGAAAUAAAUAAAAUAUUGAUUGAGAGACAGAUGUCGUCCGAACUGUUAGAGAAAGACGUCCAGAGAGUGAUCGAGAAAUGGGAUAAAUUAAGUCGAGAGGCGAAAGAAAGACAGAAGGAGUUGGAGACCACUCAGACUGAGUCUCAACAGUGCGAACGCCAAUUGCUGUCUGUUUUGCGUUGGAUUCAAAGCAUUGAAUUUGAGCUGAAGAACAGAUUCGAUAACGAAGUGUUGGCCGAAGACUUGCCCGAAGAAGUGGACAAAAUGCAAAAGGAAUUUGAUUCUUAUGCCAAUACAUUGCUUGCACUCAAGAGUUAUACCGAUAAAUACCGUCUUCAAGAUAGAAACGAAGCGGCCGUUCGUCUCGAAGAGCAAACAGAACUGAUUCAGCAAAGAUAUGACGAACUUCUCAAUAACUUUAAGCAAUACAAAACUUCUGGUUCUGAAGCGAAAGCAGUAAAAGUAACGGAAAAUUUACUGCCGGUGCCCACAGACGGCACUAAUCCCGAAGAACCCGAACAAACACCACAACCGGAGGUUCCCUCACAAGCCGAAGACGAACCUAAAGAGCCCGAAGUGGUUACUAAACACGAAUCCGUUGAAGAUUUAGUAGAAAAACAAGAAGUUCGAGAAGUGUUGGCCGAAAAAACCGAAGAAGUAGUGGAAGACAUGAAUAAUAGAUGGAAUUCUCGAUCAGAAAUUAGUGCCGAAGAAUGCAAUCAACUGUUAUUAGCGUUUCGCGAACUCACGGAAUGGAUCAUAAAAAAGGAGACAGAAUUGAUGUCACAGCCGGCCAUCGGAGGCGAUGUGGCCGUCAUUUUGAGACAACAGGAGGAGAAUAGAAACCUAAAGCGACAGUUGGAUGACAAACGACCUCUCAUUGAGAACAGUCUUCUCUCCGGCAGACAGUUUGUCGCCAAAGAAGACUUCGGACACCACGAGAGCAGCGAUUCUGAAGUGAGAGAUUAUGAGGCGGACAGUCGUAUAUACGGUAGGAGUGGUGAUGGUAUGGAUGGCGCAAAAGAGGUGACCCGAAGUAUAAGGAGGGAAGUGAACAAACUCUCUGAUAAAUGGAAUGAAUUAUUACAACAGACGGAGCAAAGACUCAAACGAUUAGAUGAUGUUCACAGGAGAAUGCAUGGCUUACAGAAGGGUAUGGAAGAACUGAGCGCUAAAUUGCAUUCAUUAGAAACGCAUAAAACUAAAUGGCCUAACAUUACGGACAUUGUUUUGGAUCAAUUGCCUCAACAUCUCAUUGAGCUGAAGUCAUUCCGGGAAAGAGUGGCACAAAUUCAGUGCCAGACAGAGCAGGUGAACGAGUCGUCCGCUCGGAUAACCGGUUGCAAUGUCCUCCUCUCGCACUCUAAUCUCAAUUAUCUCGAAGAACUGAACACUCGUUCGCGUUUACUUCAAUUGGCGGCCGACGAGCGACACAAAGCCAUAGAGCAGGCCAUCAGAGACCACGGCUCAGCUCAACAGCAAUUUUUGAACGCUUCGGUCGAUCAUCCCUGGGAGAGGGCAGUGGCGGCCAAUAAAGUGCCUUAUUAUAUAAAUCACGCGACCGAAACCACUCAUUGGGAAUCGCCUAAAUAUACGGAAAUAUUAAACUCGUUGAGCGAAUACAAUGAGGUCCGUUAUAGCGCUUAUCGGACAGCAAUGAAAUUACGGACAGUUCAGCGGCGACUGUGUCUCGAUUUAAUACUAUUGGAUAAUCUGAUCGUAAUAUUCGAUGACUUUGGUUUGAGGGCACAGAACGACAACCUCAUCAGUGUUCCAGAAAUGAUCAGUUGUUUGCAGAAUAUAUACGAAGGAAUAGCUGUGGAACACUCCUCAUUGGUUGACGUUCCCGUCUGUAUUGAUUUAUGUCUUAAUUGGUUACUCAAUCUGUACGACACUUCCACUCGAACCGGAUAUAUAAGGAUACUAUCGUUUAAAGUCGGUUUAGCGCUCCUCUCGAAUGCCUCCGUCGAAGACAAAUACAAAUGA